AUGCUCUCUGGGAUCUGCUUUGAUGGGGUUGAAAUUCAUGGGGCUCAUGGCUACCUGAUUGAUCAGUUUAUGAAAGACCAAGUGAACGAUCGAACAGAUGAAUAUGGUGGAUCGCUGGAGAAUCGUUGCCGGUUUGCUCUGGAAAUCGUUGAAGCUGUUGCUAAUGAGAUAGGAGCAGAUAAAGUUGGAAUUAGAUUAUCACCAUUUGCAGACUAUAUGGAAUCAGGGUAUUCGAAUCCGAAAGCAUUAGGCCUUUAUAUGGCCAAAUCCUUGAACAAAUACGGGAUCCUGUACUGCCAUGUGGUUGAGCCAAGAAUGAAGACAGUUGGAGACAAAAGUGAAACCCCUUACAGUCUUCUGCCCAUGAGAGAAGCUUUUAAAGGUACCUUCAUUGCUGCUGGUGGUUUUGACAGGGAAGAUGGGAACAAUGCUGUGGCAGAGGGUCGUGCAGAUCUUAUUGCUUAUGGACGUUUGUUCUUGGCUAAUCCAGAUUUUCCCAAGAGAUUUGAGCUUAAUGCUCCUCUAAAUAAGUACAACCGAGAGACAUUCUAUACAUCUGAUCCGGUGGCAAGAGGAAGGGGACAAGGAGGACCAACUUUGGACAACAUUUCCCAAGAUAAUAGCAUGGCCUCAAUAUAGGGGAAAUUAUUGCUAAGGCUGUCGUAUUUUGUGUAUUUUGGGAUAUGUAAUUUUCUGGCCAGAGGGAUUUUGUGACAAAAGGGACUGAUUCUGACUUUAGACUGUGUAAUUGGUUUUGAGUUUGAGGGCUAAAACUAUGUAAUUGCUUGCCUAUUUUGGGUUAGGUACUUUUUUGGGCAUGAGGAUUUUGUGUACUUUGUGUCCUUGGUUUUGAGCUAGAACAGCUCAAACUGUGUAAUUGGUUGUCUGUUUUGGCUUAUGUACUUUUUUAGGCAGGUGCAUUUUGUAAUUGGAAUUCUAUAAUUGGUCUAACUGGUCUUCAGUUUCAUGGGCUCAAACUAUGUAAUUGGAAUUCGAAUGUUUAUAUGGAUGUUCAUUUUGUAAAUUGCC